AUGGGUUCUGCAUCUCCUCUUCAUGUAGUGGUCAUCCCUUACUUGGCACAGGGCCACACUGUCCCACUGAUAGACCUAUCCAAGCUCCUUGCUCGCCGUGGCAUCAAGGUAACCAUCAUCACCACCCCUGCAAAUUCUCAAAACAUCCUUUCUAGAGUCUCUAGAACUCCAGAAAUCUCUCUUUCUAUAAUACCAUUUCCUAGAGUUGAAGGACUGCCAGAAGGAGUAGAGAACACUGCUGAUAUUCCUUCAGUAGAUCUGUUCCUUCCCUUUAUUUUAGCCACCAAAAAGCUAAAAGAACCCUUUGAGAACAUUCUAAGGGAUAUGUUUAAAGCUGGGUGUCCACCCAUUUGCAUAAUCUCUGACUUCUUUCUAAGCUGGACAAUUGACACAUGCCGCUCAUUUAACAUUCCUAGGGUUGUUUCUCAUGGUAUGGGGGUUCUACCUCAAGUGAUAUCAAAAGCUGCUUUUUCACAUGCUCCACAAAUUUUAGCAUCACUGCCAUCAGAUGUCAUACAGUUUCCAGAGUUAACAAUCCCAUUCCAGUUACACCGAGCAGACUUCUUUGACUUCCACAGGUACACUGACCCCAAUGAUCCACUUUCCAAAGUAGUGAUGGAGGCUGGGAAAGCAGAUAUAGAGAGCUGGGGGGUGGUUGUAAAUAGCUUUGAAGAGCUUGAAAGUGAGGAUAUAGCUGCUUUGGAAUCAUUCUAUGGUAAUGAUGCCAAAGCAUGGUGCGUUGGGCCACUUCUGCUUUGUGAUCAAAUUGAAGAUGAUGAAGGUACCAAUGAACCAAAAAAAGAGAACCAAACUUCUUAUCCAUACAUUGAGUGGCUGGACAAACAAGAUGGGCCAGAUACUGUGCUUUAUGUGUCAUUCGGCACACAAGCACGCUUGAGUAAUAUGCAGAUGGACGAGAUAGCUUUGGGAUUGGAGAUGGCCAUGCACCCAUUCAUCUGGGUGGUGAAAUCCCAAACUUGGUUGACACCAGAGGGAUGGGAGGAAAGGGUGAAAAGGAGGGGCUUGAUUGUGAGGACAUGGGUGGAGCAACGUAGAAUACUAGCACACCCAAAAGUGGGAGGGUUCUUGAGCCACUGCGGCUGGAAUUCAGUUUUGGAGAGCUUGUCAAUGGGGGUGCCAAUGUUGGCUUGGCCGAUGGGGGCUGAGCAACCAUUCAAUGCAAGAUUGCAGAAAGAUUGGGAGCUGGGAUGA